UCCGCUGCCAUGGCGACGCUGCUGCGUCGGGCCCUGAAGCCCCUCACUGGUCUCCGAGGCCAAGCGGGCUCCGCUGAAGAUGUACGGUUCCGAGCCGGCAGCCAUGGCGCUGGCCUGCUGUACCCGGACCACAUCCCCACGUCCCCGCUGCAGAAGGCGCUGCUGGCCGCGGGGUCGGCCACCAUGGCACUCUACAACCCGUAUCGCCACGACAUGGUCGCGGUUCUUGGGGAGACCACAGGACACCGCACCCUGAGGGUGCUCAGGGACACGAUGAGGACGCAUCCAGAAGGUGCCCAGAUCCUGCAUGAGCGCCCCCGGAUCUCACUGGCUACCCUCGACCUGGGCAGGCUACGGAGCCUGCCAGAAGGCUCCCUGGGCCGCGAGUACCUCCGUUUCCUGGAUGUGAAUAGGGUCUCCCCAGACACCCGCGCGCCCACCCGCUUUGUGGACGACGAGGAGCUGGCAUACGUGAUCCAGCGUUACCGGGAGGUGCAUGACAUGCUCCACACCCUGCUGGGGAUGCCCACCAACAUCCUGGGGGAGAUCGUGGUGAAGUGGUUUGAGGCUGUCCAGACCGGCCUGCCUAUGUGUAUCCUGGGAGCACUCUUUGGCCCACUCCGGCUCAGCGCUCCGAGCUUGCAAGUGCUGCUCUCAGAGCUGAUCCCCUGGGCAGUUCAGAACGGGCGUCGUGCCCCGUGUGUCCUCAACCUGUACUACGAGCGGCGCUGGGAGCAGCCCCUGGGCGCUCUGCGGCAGGAGCUGGGCAUCACGGCCCCUCCCCUGGACGUCCGACGCCUGGGCCGGACCUGAGCCACCAAGCCACAGGGUCUGGCCCGCCUCGCUGCCCCUUGCUUCCCUCCCUCCACUCCUGCCCGAGAUCCCUAAUCCCUUACCUUUGGACAUCAUUUAUCUUAAUUGUCGCUAUCAGGGCUCAGUGGCCUCAAGCCUCCAGGGCCAGGCCAGAAGGAAGGAGGCGGAGGCACAGUGGGACUCUGAGGGGAGCCGGGAGCCACCCCUGGUGAGGAUUGGAGAUGUCUCAGGCCCAAACUCCCGUGGUUGGCUCCUCCCUGUCAGCCACAGUGGCCUCCACAUCCUCUCAAGGAGGGCUGCCCCCAGUUCAGGAGCCUGAGCAAAGGGAGGUGCAAGGGCCAGCCAGUCUGCCAGCAAAAUAAAAGCUCCGAUGGUCCACA